AUGGCGGAGCAGAAGAGGCACCUCACCCUGUACCCAGUCGGUAGUGCCGUCUCCGAAUGCGCCUAUUCAAUCCACGAUGAGAAUGGUGCCGUUCUCUUUACCGUCAGCGGGCGAAGAUGUAGCCCGCAUUGCUGUCGGGAGGUGCGAGAUCAAUCUGGUCUACCCUUGUUCGAAAUCCAUCAAAGAUCGCGCUGGGUGCGCGAUGCAUGGACCAUAUCCCUUCCUGGUUGCCGGACCGACCCCAUCGCCGUCGGUCGGCGCAGUCUCGGCGGAGAUCUGCAUUUGGAGCUGGAGAACUUGCUAGAGGUAGAUUGCAACGUGAAAGACCGCAAUUUACCCAUCGACCUUGAGAGUCAUGGCCGGGUUCUGAAGAUGUAUGACGUGGUGGAUGGAAAUCGUAGGAUAAUGGAAAUCAAAGAGAGUAUUCGGUACAAUAAGAAAUUAGCGUUGUUGUCCCUCUGCCAGGCGGGAUAUCGGCCUGCCAUGGAUAUGGUGAUUAUGCCAGGCGUGGAUUUGGCCAUGGUAAGUCUUUCCACUUAG